UUUAAAUCGAGUGGUCCUUGACUAAAGGAAACAUCACAUCCAUCGUACAUAUAAUCAUUUACUUUGACUAACAGAUCAGGCGGUUUUCAUGUGCCGUUUAAAUCAUAAUUACUCAAAAGACAUGCAUAUUUCACCACCGAUCAAAAGUCAGAAAUUGAGAUUAUGGUUGUCGUUUGUUGCUGGUGUUCUUGCCAAUGCACUGUUGGGACCAUCGGAAAUAUUCUUUGUAUAUGCAAAUGAGCUUCAAGUCAUAUUUAACACCAAUAAGAAACAAGUUGAAAUGUUCGCUUCCAUGCAGACGAUAGGAAACGGAAUUGGAUUCGUGUUAUGUACGUUUACAGAUUCUUUAAAUCCCAUGUGUUUCUUGGUUGUUGGUAUCGUAUUUACUCUGAUUGGGCCAACUGUAUUAUGGGUGGCGACAUUGGAUCAUCAAUUGUCCAACAGUUACUUCAUUAUGUUCGGAUUUCUAUGUAAUGGAUUAAGUGAUUCUAUUCAGAUUAUUAUCUCACAGAAGAUUGUUGCAAAGAAUUUUUCUUCAUCAUACAGAGGAAUAAUUAUGGCAAUAAUGGGAGAGAGUAUCAGUAUUGGAAUGCUGCUGUUUUCCGUUGUUUAUUACAUCAUUCCGUCAAAGAAUCACCGAUUUCAACAACUCAUGAUAUUUCUAUUUUUCUUUAGUGUAUUUGUGUAUAUAUUCUGUUUUUUGUUUCUUCGUGAAGUAAAAUCUGAAACAGACUAUACUAAUAUAUUGCCCGAAGAUGAUACUCAUGAAGUAGAAGUGCAUCAUAAAGACGUUAUACUUAAAAAGACAUUUCUGCAAAUUAUCAAAGACCCAAACUAUCAGGUGUUAGCCUGGUUGUCAACGCUUGCAUUUGCCACAGGUUCGGUUUUAAAAACAAACUUAUCGGUGUUGAGUCAAGUUUCGGGGUUGAGUAGAUUUGAUUCGUACAUUUUUAUUUAUGUUCCAGUAUUUUCGUCAAUCAGUGGGAUCAUAGUUGGAUUUUUGUCUGAUAAACUGCGACAAUCUUUGACAAGACUCCCCUUUUUGUUAUUUUCAUGUCUGUUACAAACAAUAUGUUCUUUUAGUAAUGUAAUUCUUGUUCAAAACAAGGCUUUUAUUGUUUUAUCUGUAGUUUUAACGGGAACGUCGUUAGGUUCUUUGUAUGCUUUAGUCAGCUCAAUCGUUAGUGAAAUGUUCCACAUUGACAACUAUAACAGAAAUUACGGUAUGAUCAAAGGAGCACACGCAGUUACCGCCCUUCUCUUCCAAUAUCUUUUCGGAGUAUUUUAUGAUGACAAUGUCAGGGAUUCGAAAUUGUUUUGCAGAGGUUUGCAUUGCACUGAAAUGGGAUACACGAUGAAUACUGUUAUAAGUUUAAUACCUGUUUUACUCUGUGUAAUUUUAUUGAAAAAGACCGCAUUAAAAAUUACUUAA